UCGAGAGAACCGGGCUGCACACACGCUGGUUUGGGGGAGGGCAGGGUAGCUGCCUCCCUUCGCCAGUUCGCCUUCGCUAGCCAGUUCUGCAGGCGUGUGCGCACACGGUGGCGAGGAGGGUGGUGUGUGCGUGGAAGCGGAGCCCGGGAGCCGGUUGCCAAGGCCUCGCGCUGCUGGUGGCGGCGGCGGCCGUUGCCAAGGGAACCAACGGCGCGGCCGCUCUUCCUGCAGCGGCGGCUAGCGCGGAGGCUGGGGCCGGCUGGGGGAGCGCAGAAGGGGCGCCAUGAGCCAGAGGGACGGCAGCAGCUCCACCAGUUCGGUGCUGGCCGAGCUCGACUGGGACGAUGGGUUCGCCAUACCCGUGGCCAAUGCGGAAAACAAGGCUCUGGAGGAAGAGCUGCGAAAGCAGCAAAAAGAAAAGGCAAACUUGCAAAAUCAGGUGACUGACUAUGAGGACCGCAUUGCAGCGAUGACGGGGCAUUUGAAGAACGUCAGGCAGGAGUUUAAUUUGACACAGUCUCUUUUCAGAGCCAGAGAGAAUGAAAUUGAAACUGAGCAGCAUUUUAAAGCCCUAGCAGAGAGAGAAGUGGGGCGCCUGAAAAGUGAGAUUCAAAGACUGGAGAAUGAGAUGGUUUCAUUAAGAGAGAAGAAAAAUAGUCAAGAAAAUAACAUUUUCAAAGUGACUCAGAAGCUGGAAACCUUAAGAUGUCAAAUGAACUGGGACCAACAAGCUUUGGAGGCUUGGUUGGAAGAGUCCGCUCGUAAAGACAAUGAUGCUGUUACGAUCCAGAAAUAUGUACAGCAAGAUGAUGGCAAAUUACGAGUGUUGACUCUACAGAUAGAAAUGCUGACCGUACAGUUUAAUCAGAAACGCAGAAUUCUUGACAACGAGCUUACAGAAACCUUAGCUGCUCAGAUAGAAUUAGAUAAAGCAGCUGAAGAUUUCCGCAGGGUUCAUCAUGAAAGACAAGAACUUAUCAGACAGUGGGAAAGCACCAUAGAACAAAUGCAGAAAAGAGAUCAAGAAAUAGAUCAGUGUGCUUUGCUGUUAGCACAGGCAAGAAGGGCAAUCCGAGCAAAAGAAAGCGUGCUUAAAGACAAGAUCCAGUUUCUGGCAAAUGAGAGUGGCAAUAAUGUGGAGUACGAAAAGAGAAUUGGUGUAGCCGAUCGACAAGCUACCAAACUGAGACUAGAUUAUCAAAAAGAGGAGGCAAAUCGAACUCAGCUCCAGGAUGAGCUGGACACGUUGAAAGCUACUGUGGAUGGAACUGCUUCUGAACUAGAAUCUAUGAGAAACUUAGUAGCUAAUCUUAAGAAGGAAAUUCAGGACAAAACUUCAAGGAUGAUCUUUAUUAAGGACCAGAAUGAUGGUCUUUCAAAUAAACUGAAAUUUAUGAGAGAACAAGCAAUGAGUUUAGAAGAAAAAGCAACCAGAAUGGAAGAGCUACUGAAAGAGAAAGAGAGAAGUGUAAAGGAGAAAGAGGUUCAGGCAGCGCAGCUGCGAGAGGCACACUUCAAAAAAACAAAGGAGUUGCAGACACUUAAGGAAAAGGAGAGGAGCAUCACUGCUGAAAUUGAUGGACGCCGAGGACAGAUGAAAAACCUGUACAGCCGCUUAUGCCGGCUGGAUGCAGAAACACUCAAGCAACAGGAACUCAUAUAUAAUCAGGAUUUUUAUAUUCAGCAAGUGGAGCGAAGGCUGUCACGCUUAAAAGGAGAGCUUAACACAGAUGAGCGGCAAAUACUAGAAGCCAGAGUUGCUGAACUUUCAAAGUUUGUAGAGGAAAAGAGACAGGCAUACACUAUUUUACAAGCCCAGCAGCAGAAACUUCAGAGCGACACCCAUUUUAUCAAGUUGGCUAUGAAUAAGACUGGAGAAGAAAUGGCUGGUCUCAAUACCAGAGUAGAUGAACUAAAUCUUUUCACUGACAAAUCAGAGAAGCUAUUAAAAAAAGCCAGAGCAGAUAAACAGGAUUUGAUGAUCGAAGACAAUCUCUUAAAGCUUGAAAUGAAACGUGUAAGAGAUACACUAUAUAAUAAGGCAGAAAAAGUUCUCUCUCUUGAAAAACGAAAGCAACAGUUACAAGCCACAAUGGAAGAAAGAACUGCAGAAAUUAAGGUUCAUAAAGCCAUGAUCGAAACGCAGAUAAGAAUGGUAGAGCAGGAACGUCAAACCAUAAGUACUGAGUUUCAUGAGCGACUGAGUAAAAUUGAGAAGCUGAAAGGCAGAUAUGAAAUCAUUACUAUCGUCAUGAUGCCUCCAGAAGGAGAAGAGGAGAAAACUCAGACUUAUUAUGUCGUCAAGGCUGCCCAGGAAAAGGAAGAUCUUCAGCGUGAAGGAGACACUUUGGAUGCAAAGAUCCAGCAAGCAGAGAAAGAAUGCCUAGCCCUAGAGAAUACUCUGCAAGUGCUUAAUAACUGCAAUAGCAACUAUCGAAACGCCUACAAGAAGGUCACAGAGAAAAGUGAGGAGCAUGACGAAAAGGUGAAGCUGGAAGAAGAGAAAAGAGCAGCUGAUGAAAAAUACAGAUACAAGAGAAGGCAGAUCAAGGAGCUCCAGGAAGAUAUCCAGAGCAUGGAAAGUACUCUUAAUGCUCUUCUGAGAGAAGAGGCAGCCCACACAGAAAAAUUAAAAGAGAAACAAUUACGCAUUUUACAGUUAACUAAAGAAACAAAAGAGCAGAAGCCAAAACUGCAAAGAGUCACAAAACAGGUUUCUCGACUAUCACGAGAUGUCAGAGCAUUGAAGAAAAGCCAGACAGAAACAUUUGAAGAACAAGAUAUUGAACUUCGUGAACUGAAAGACUUCUGUAGAUCCAUAGAUAAAAUGCUGUUUGACAUUUCAGAAGAAAAUCCAGAUUUAGAGGCAGCCCUUCAUACAUACUUUGAACAGGCUUCCUUAGAACUUCCUACAGCAUCAGCAAGUAUGCGUUCUCGUCCCAGUAUUCGACCAGUAUCUGCUCGGAGCUCAUCCUCAAGCAUAACCUGAGCCACUUGGUGGUGGCAGUAUCCUCUCCAGCCCUGUAGGCUGGCGUCUGUAGUUACUAUGACACGGCUGACCGACAAGAAGUUCACACCCCUGCAGAUUGCUGAGGACAUCCACCACCCCAAGGACUGCCGAACCAGAGGGCUGAGAGGGACCCUGAUUCUGGACUUGACUACCACCAGGUCCUGAAGGGGCAGAAGAAGCCACUGGAGGGACCAAGAGUGGAAACGGGCCCAGGGCACAAUCCCGAUGGUCGACACCAUCAUGCCCUGCAGCUGACUUAGACUGAGGACAUCAGGAUGGGGACGGAGCAGCAGUUUCUGACAAACUGAGCCUAAUAUUAAUAAUAAUAAUAUAUUAUUGUUAUUGUUGUUAUUAUUUACAUUUAUAUCCCGCUCUUCCUCCAAGGAGCCCAGAGCGGUGUACUACAUACUUGAGUUUCUCUUUCACAACAACCCUAUGAAGUAGGUUAUAUCCAUUAUGGUCAAACUUUGUUCCCAUUUUCUGGAUUUGACUUAGUGUUUUUGAUAUGUAACUUACAAGAAGCUGAUCAGAUUAGACUUUACAAUUCUAAGAGUCUGAAUUUCUUUUGCUUUAUCUUGUUCUAGAUACUUUUUCUAUACUGAUGUAAUUAAUUAGAAAAAUGGUUUUUCAUCAUGAAUGAUUGGUUUUAAAUUGUUUUUAUGGUGAUUUGUCUUUGUCCUCUUUGGUCUAUUUCUUAAUAAAAAUUCUUAUUUUUUUAAAAAUGAA